UUUAAAAUAAUAUGAAGCAUUUGAAACAUGCAGUUUCAUGUUCAGACAUGUACCAGUUUCGUUUAUUUUAAAUUAGUACGAAAUUUUCUUCGUUUUAAUAGCAAACUUAUUUAUUGUCUGUUGAUUAACUUCCACAUUCCUUAUUUUUAUUUUUUUUUUAUUUUUUUGUAAUAAAGUGCGUAGCAUUUGUUUUGUAUAUAUAGAGUGGGACAAGUAUAUAAGCUCGGCGUAUAAAUAUUUAUCACUUAAAAAGCACAGCUGAUGGGUUGAUGAAUGCUGUAAACUGCACAUAAAAAAAAAAAACAAGUUGUAUGUAUGUGUCACUGGAUUUAUUGUAAGAUAUUUUGAAAAUUCCUCGUUCAAAAUUUUUACGCAUCAACAUAGCAAUGGAAAAUGACGGAGAGAGCUAUUCACGACGUCACCAUGAUAUUGAUAACACAUAUAAUGAACUAGAGUUACACAAUGAAAGCUCUUCUGCAUGUGACAUGUACUUUAUUCCCAAUCGGCGAUCGCUAGCCUUUACAAUACAAUCUCCAUGUGACACUUUAAACGAUGCCAGCUUUGUUACGCCUAAUAUUUGUUAUCCAACAGUAACUGCUGUACCAACACUUUUGGACCAGAAUUCAGGAACUGUUGCUGAAGACUUAUCAUCUUCAAAUGAUCCUCCCCCUUUAGCAUAUGUGGGGUCAAAUUCUACACAUAUUAUUCCAACACAUAAUUUACAUUCCCACCAUCGGUAUUUGGGACCUGGUAAUUCUUACAGAUAUGAAGAGAAUGGUAAUGGCCAAUACGAUAGUAGCGGAUGUACCAAAUGCCGUUUACUUAUAUGCCAAUGUGGCGUGAAUGAAACUAACUCUGAUGAUAUACAAGAUGAGAGCUCUAGUGUUGUGGUAUCCACAACCUAUGAAAUCUUAGAUUUGGGAAGCAACCAUACUUCUAAUAGAAGGCAACAAAUUACAAAUCAAUCUCAAAAUGAACACAUUAAUAACACUAGUAUUGAGCCGAUUGAUGUUACAAGAUAUCUUAUAAAUGGUGAUCAUAACUAUGUAUUAAUUGAAAAUGGUUCCAGCAAUGCAGAAGAGACUAUCUUGUCAGAUCAAGAUAAUAUAGCUUCAUCUUCCACCGGAAGUGAAAACAAUCGUAGCAAUAAGACUGAAAAUAAUACAGAAAAUUACCCACAUUCUUUUUUUGCGAAUACAGUUAUUAUGAAUAAUAUGUCGCAAGAACAUUUUUUAAACUCAGGAAAUUUGAUGCCGCCUACAGAAAGAGAUGUAGAGCCUCCAAUAAUUGAUCCAAUCCAAAGAGAAGCUAUUAAUUUAGCUUCAAGCGCAAUUCAAACUAAUGAUGAAGUACUUAUUGCGGAAGAACAAGAUACAUCUACUACAACAAAUGAUGAGAUUAUAAUACCAGAUUAUACUAUUACAAAUGAAGAGAGAGAAACAAAUCAAGAUUCUGUAAUUGUUCCAAAUUUCAUAUCGUAUAAUGAUGACGUUAGUUCGUCUGAUACUGAACAUGUCCAAUUUGCGAAUACAUGUACUACGAAUACUGCGACAACCACUUCUGCAGCUCCAACCAAAAAAAAACUUUGUGUUAAUUCUAACUAUAACACCACCAAUAAUAAUAACAAUAAUAUCAAUAGAGACAGCAGGGCAGUUUUUACUAAUCACAUACUUACCGAAGCUCAUAUUGUUGAUUUAGAUGAUGAGCCUAGUACUAGCGGUACACAAGGUGUAUCAUCAUCUCCUUCAAAUAUAUUGUCUACACAGAGACCAUUUUUUUAUUUAUUUUCUGAUGAUGAUGAAAACGAUGUUGAAGAUAUGUAUAGAUAUGUAAAUUCCCCAACAAUAUCUAAUGUUCGUAGGCCGGUAUCUCGUAGGAAUCAUGAUAUACGAAAUUUGCAAAGACAACGAUUACAAAGAAAUAAUACAACUCCAAUCGGGGUUUGUGCAAAUUGUCGCAGUAUGAAUCUGGAUAGAGAUCAUAGUUGUUUUACUCUUAAUGACACAAAUAUGGGUUCGAAUGCAAGUACUUCACGUUUGCCUAAGCAACCUAGAAUAAGUGAAGCUUAUCAUUCUCAUUUAAAUAUAAGACCACCAACUAUUUUACAUGAUUCCACAGAUGAUGAGGAGUUUUCUAAUAUGAAUGAUAGACGAGGAUGUGUCCACAGAAGAGACGAAACCAACCAUACUUCCAAUGGUCUUCCGUCCAGAGAUCGUAAUAUUCGAAAAAUAACGCUUGUUACCAGCGAUGCUAAUAAUCGUGUGCCGCAUGAAAAUGAGCAACAGUCAAUUAUUCGUCGACCACGAAUUUAUAGUUUAGUAAAUGGAUCACGUGCAGUUGACGAAACUACCUCAACUGAAAACUUGUCUAAUACUACUAAUAACAAUGUAAGUGAAUUUAUGCAAAACUUACCAAGACCAGUAGAUAGAGGAAUGUUGCCCGUACCAUAUUCAAUUUCGGGACGUAUUGUUGAAUUUAGACCCGUAACGCAAGGUCAAAAUGAACAAAAUUCUAGCAGGAUUCAAUCACCCGAAGAGCCACGUAUGCAAACUAAUAACCGAGGUUUACAGGUCAAGUUUGUUACACAAACAGAAUCAACCGAUUCGAAUUACAAUUUUCCAAAUACGUUUGAUGAAGCACCUAAUACUGCGAGAUCCGAUUCCUCCACUGCUUCAAAUAAUACAACUAAUUUUUCGGAUGAUGUUAGCAGUACUGCUGCCACACUUAACUCUUCAACGAACGAUGAAAGUGCAGUUUUAACUGCUCCCGAUUUACAAUUGGAUUGGUUAUCUGAUUCAACGAAUGGGGAGGAUGAUGAUGUGGUAUUUGUACAUUCCACUAGAGAGCCCAUACUCUCAAUUGAUUUAACAACAGAUGAUGAUGUUAUAUACGAUCCUAUUAACGAAUUAACUAGUGCAGAUGAGAAUUCAGUUGGAGCAUAUGAAGAAACUGAAAUGGAAAUAACUAAUGAUUUGUUUGAUGAGUUUAUAGCAAUGCCAAAUGACUCCAGUAUGCAAGCAAAUACGCAAUCACCUCAGGAUCACGAGCCUGGUAAUUCCUAUAACUUAAAUGAUAUACAUCCUGUUCUGCUUGAAUAUCCUUGCAUAUUUCCAAGCUAUCGAGAAGAACCCAGUUCUUCUGUAAGACCACCAGCACCUCCAACGUUUCUGACAGCACAGCAAAGACCUAAUAUGGAGCAUUCUCGACCUGAACAUUUGAAUUCAAUUUUACCGCAUGUCAUUCAAUUAAGAGAACGUUGUGCGCAACUUGAAAAUCAAAUGGAUGAAAUAUCUUACAUGCGGCCAACUUUUUCUCAUAGUACCGGUAGUAUUCCACGCAACAUAUCAACUAAUGUUCAGCCGACACUAUCUGAUCUCUCAUCGACAGUGCCAAUAUUGCCACCACCUCGUUCUCCUCUCAACGUUCCAGUACGUAAUUUCACAAAUCAAUUCCUUGUUCGUCCAUUUUCUCGUAUUCGACCUCAAACUCUUAUAUCAAGUGCAGAAACUACCGCUGCAUCAGCUGUAGUUCAUUCAGCAGAGGAAGCUCAAACUGACUUGUUAAUUGGUGAAGCGGAUUCGGCACAAGCAAAUAAUGAAGGUCGCACAUUUUCACCACUUGGAGCCAUCGAUUUUUCAAAUACGCAUCAAUUUACACCACUUCACAGUGGAAUUCGACGUUAUCAUCAACCAACGUUACUACAACCUGCAAAUAACGGUCCAGUGAUGGGACCACAUCAUCAUGUUCAUCCUUAUGCAUAUGGAGUACUUGAUCAUCCUCAUAUAAUGUCACAUCCAAAUGCUUACAGAAAUAAUAUUGCACCACCAGGAAAUACACUUAAUAAUGCUCCUGUUCCAUAUCCUGUUCAUCAAAAUUUGUGGUAUCGUCAGCAAAAUACCCAAGAAAUUCAUAGACGCCAUAUGGCACCUGUACAUCCAAUUGAUCUCUCCUCGAAUGCAUUAAAUUUAUCUGGUGGGGCUUAUCAUGGCCGCUAUCCGUUGCCAAAUGCUUGCUCAUGUAUACAUACGCGUAAUGGACCUGUAUCAAGCCUAGAUCCAAAUUAUUAUCAAUAUGGGCCACACAUGUCAGGAGUUCGUCGUCGAUCAUCAUAUCAUCAUCCUGCUUAUCAUCAUUACUCACCAUUGCAUUUAGAAAUUGGGCUAGCUGCGCCUCUGUCUCGGCGCAUAUUAUUUGGUUCUGGUAUACGACCCAACCGUGGUGCAACAUUGGAUAUAAUUGAACGUACCACUCUACCGCAUAAAUACAAGCGUGUUCGUCGUCCAAGUGAAACUGAUGAAGAUGCUGAAAAAUGUGCAAUCUGUUUGUCAUUGUUUGAAAUUGAAAACGAUGUUAGGCGUCUUCCCUGCAUGCAUCUAUUUCAUACUGAUUGUGUUGAUCAGUGGUUGAUUACAAACAAACAUUGCCCAAUUUGCCGUGUUGAUAUUGAAACACAUCUUCCUAAAGAUUUAAGUGGUUCAUCAUUAUGACACUGUGUAAGAAAUGUUAUGGUUUAAUUCUCUCAGGGAAUAAAGAAAUAUUGAUGAGUUAAAAUUAAAGCAAAAAAUUCAAUAAUUUAAUUUAUGUGAUAAAAUCACAAUAUGUUGUUGCUAAAGUCUCUAAUCUCUUAAUCUGUAUUUAUAA